AACAUGGCUGCUUCUGUACGGGUGAGGACGUGGAACAGCAAGACUAGCUCAGUCAAACCCUGGCUCCUUCUUUUGACAGGGAUCAUUUUAUUGGGCGAUGUAAAUAGCGGGGUCAUGGCAGCACCAGAACCGGGACAAUGGAGUAUUACAGUUGUCAAUACCUCAAGACCAUUACUUUUGAGGAAAUCCAUGUAUAAAGACACUGAUAUCAAAUUGAAAGUUGUGUCCUUUGGUUGUCCAGAGGAGAUGACUUUUACCAUUCAAUGGUACUUGAAAUACUAUCCCUGCCACAAUGAGUUCAAUAAUAUUGAGGAAAUGUAUGAGAGGACGCCACUGAGUCGAGGACAGAGUAUGGAUCCUAACCCUCUAGGACAAGGGGAAUGCAUUGAGCACAAGCACAAGCCCUUGAGCUGCAACAAUGACCUGCGAUACUUCCCAAUGCUAAAUAAAGCCAAGGCAGAACCACGGCCAGUUGUCCCUCCCAUGGAAAGAGCAGCACCGGGCUCAGAUGAAAACUACACGAAGUGGACGAUGGAGGAGUACGACAAAGUCGGCGGUCUGAAGAACGGCAGUGUGUCACUUAAACAUGACGUCAUCGCCACCACGUGGAAGGACGGCCCCUAUCUGCUGGUGGUGGUGAUUAAGUCUAACAAACAGGAAGCCAACUGGAAUCUAACAGUCAACGUCGUAAUGAAAGGAACUCACGGCUACAUCUCCAUCACGGAAUGGCCUCUCAUGAUCUUCUACAUGGUGAUGUGUACAGUGUACAUCCUGUAUGCGUUACUCUGGUUCCUAUGGGCUGCCUGCUACUGGAAGGACUUACUGAGGAUCCAGUUCUGGAUAGCUGGAGUCAUCUUUCUGGGCAUGGUGGAGAAGGCUGUGUUCUGCGCUGAGUACGAGAACACCAACGGUGUCGGGGCAGCUUCUCCAGGCCUGUUGAUCUUUGCUGAGCUCAUCUCUGCCCUGAAGAGAACCCUGGCACGGCUGCUGGUCAUUAUCGUCAGUCUGGGAUAUGGUAUAGUCAAACCUCGACUGGGUACAGUGAUGCACAGAGUGGUGGGACUAGGUGUGAUGUACUUUGCCUUUGCUGCCAUCGAAGGUGUGCUUAGGAUCACUGGGGUGAAAGACUCUGACCUGGCUCUGUUGGCCAACAUUCCUCUGGCUCUGCUUGACUCUUCUCUCUGCUGGUGGAUAUUUGUGAGCCUGGCUCACACUAUAAAGACACUGAAGCUGAGGAGAAACCCAGUGAAGCUGUCUCUCUACAGACAUUUCACAAACACACUCAUCUUCGCCAUUAUAGCUUCAAUCAUUUUCAUGGUGUGGACGACGAAAAAAUUCAGACUAGCCGACUGUCAAUCUGACUGGGUGGAGCUGUGGGUUGAUGAUGCCUUCUGGAGGUUCCUGUUCUCCAUCAUACUGCUGGUUAUCAUGUUCUUAUGGAGACCCUCUGCUAACAACCAAAGAUAUGCGUUCACUCCACUGAUGGAUGACUCUGACGAUGAGGAGAUUGAGGAGUUCCUGGUGUCAGCUCAUUUAGCUGAUGGCAUAAAGCUGAGAGCCUCCAACUUUAAGAGUGAGACGAACGGCUCAGCCAAGCCUUCAGGAUCUAACCCGGAUGAAGACUUGAAGUGGGUGGAAGAGAACAUUCCUACCUCUCUAACAGACGUAGCGUUGCCCGUCCUUCUUGAUUCAGAUGAGGAAAUCAUGACUACAAAAUAUGAAAUGUCCAAGAUGGAGUAACGUGGGGAAAUCUUCCUACUACCCACGAUGGAUGCAGAGCAUCUCUUCCUUCUGAGAUUGGUUCCUCCUGCAUGGCAUGGAAGAGACAGAUCACCAGGAGCGCGACACCUCUCCCGUCCUAGGCCUGUUUAGGCUGAGAGUCAGACCUCUGUCUACAACACUACUGGGGCUUGACACCUCUGACUUGGCGAUCAGCAGGGUCCUAUUCAUUGGGUAUCAAAUGGAAGAAAACUGAUUGAAACAGGAGGUACUACCUGAACUUGUCCAAUAAGAAAUGCUGGUUAUAGUUUUCCGUUGCAAAACAUUUUUGCUGCGGUGUGCCCUAAUAUGUUUAGCCCUCUCACCCUAUCCACAAACCAAGACAUAACAAUUGAGUGUGUCCCAAAGUGCACCCUAUUCCCUAUUCAGUGCCUCCGGAAUGUAUUCAGACUCCUUUACUUUUUUUCACAUUUUGUUACGUUACAGCCAUGUUCUAAAAUUUAUUAAAUGUUGUUUUUUUCCCUCAUCAAACUACACUCAAUAACCCAUAAUGACUGAAUGAAAAUAGGUUUUUAGAAUGUUUUGCAAAAUAAAAGAACUGAAAUAUCACAUUUCCAUAAGAAUUCAGACCCUUUACUCAGAACUUUGUUCAAGCAUUUUUGGCAGAGAUUACAGCCUCUAGUCUUCUUGGGUUUGACACUAUAAGCCUGCCACUCCUGUAUUUAGGGAGUUUCUCCCAUUCUUCUCUGCAGAUCCUCUCGAGCUCUGUCAGGUUGGAAGAGGAGUGUCGCUGCACAGUGAGAGUCCUUUUGUACCUUUUGGGAAACUCCAAGAGGGCUGUUAUGUACUUUUUACUGAGGAGUGGCUUCUGUCUGGCCACUACCCUAAAGGCCUGAUUGGUGGAGUGCUGCAGAAAUGGUUAUUCUUCUGGAAGUUUCUCCCAUCGCCACAGAGGAACUCUCUGACCAAGGUCCUUCUCCCUUGAUUGCUCUAGGAAGUUCUUCCAUUUUAAGAAUGAUGGAGGGCAGUGUAUUUGGGGACUUUCAAUGCUGCAGACAUUUUUUGGUACCCUUUCCCCAGAUCUGUGCCUUGGCACAAUCCUGUAUCAACCCCUAAGGACAAUUCCUUCGACAACAUGGCUUGGUUUUUGCUCUGACUUGCACUGUCAACUGUGGGACCUUAUCUAGACUAGGGUGUGCCUUUCCAAAUCAUGUCCAAUCAAUUGAAUCUACCACAGGUGGACUCCAAUCAAGUUGUAUAAACAUCUCAAGGAUAAUCAAUGGAAACAGGAUGCACCGGAGUUCAAUUUCAAGUCUGAUAGCAAAGGGUCAGAAUACUUAUGUAAAUGAGGUAUUUCUGUUUGUUACAUUUCAAACAUUUCUGAAAUCCUCGUUUCACUUCUUCAUUAUGGGGUAAUGGUCAAAAGUAGGGAACUAUGGACCCGUGUGGCUCAGUUGGUACUGAUUGCAACGCCAGGGUUGUGGGUUCGAUUCCCACUUAGUGUCCAGUACGAUAAAGUAUGAAGAUGUAUGCACUCCCUUCUGUAAGUUGCUCUGGAUAAGAGCUUCUGCUAAAUGACUAUAAUGUGUAUAGGGAAUAGGAUGCCAUUUGGGACAGUUUUUGUGAUAAAACUUGACUUUAUACUGUAUCUUGGAGAGGGGAACAAGCUGGUACUACACCAAUUGGAUACAUUACAUAAUAUAGGACCAAUGUGAUAUUUUGAUGGAUGAUAAUUCAGAGGUGUGUGUGUAUAUAUAGUGUUUAUUAUAUCUCAUUGAGUGAAGCUUUAUUGCUUCCUAACCAAAGUAUAAUGUGAUGUGUUGUGUGGGGGAGAGUUGUCUGCAUUGUGUUUUCUAGGCUGAGACACAGGAUUCAUUUGUUUAGUGUGAGUUAUGCAGUACUAAACAAAAGUGUUGAUGUAAGUGUAGGAUCACAGGUCUUGGGUCUGUUCAGAUAGGUUCUACACAAGACAUUUCUAUUUGAUUGUCAGAAGAAUAAUGCUAGAGCCGACAAUUCCGUUCUAUCUGCUAUUGAUGUUCAGAAAGUUUCACAUCACUGAGGUUGGUUAGUAGAGGCAGUACUUUAGUUGAGGCCCAUGGCAUUGAGAAGUUAUAAUGAAUAAUAAUUUAUUCAGCUUCUAUAGUGCUUUUCAUUAGACAGAAUCUCAAAGUGCUUGUUAAGCAAAAUAACCAACAAGCAUGUAUUUAGAGGUAUAGGCUACAACAGUAGAUGGGUCAAGUCUGAGUGUUUCCUGAAACCUCCAGAUGGACAGCUGCUCUCAUGAGGAUCUGGAAUCUCAUAGCUAGAUGGUCAGCAGCGGUGGUGGUCUGGUCAGCAUGUCCAAGGGCAGGCAGGUAGGCCGGCAGCUCCAUGUCAUCAGGGCGUCUCCGCCGUCUGCAGAUUCUCUGUAUUGGGACUGUGAUGAGCUUUGAGAUCCCCACAGAGUACAGUCAUCACUUCAGAAGUAUCCUCCAAAGUAAUGAAAAGCCUCUUGGAUCACCGUUGGUGAAAAGCCCUGAGUCACCGGUGUAAUUCACAUGAAAACACACCGGCUAGCUAGCAUUACCUAGCUUGUUGACAAUGCUGAUUUUCAUACAUUUUCUAGUGGUAGAAAAAGUACCCAAUUAUCAUACUUGUGUAAAAGUAAAGAUACCUUAAUAGAAAAUGACUCAAGUAAAAAUGAUCCAGUAAAAUACUACAUAAGUAUAUUUAGAACUAAGUACUUUUCCUCAAGUAUCAACAUUAAAUGUAAUUGCUAACAUAUACUUAAGUAUCAAAAGUAUAAAUCAUGUCAAAUUCCUUAUAUUAAGCAAAUCAGAUGGCACCAUUUUAUUUUAACAUACAGAUAGCCAGGGGCACAUUUUAACACUUAAUUUACAAAUGAAGCAUGUGCGUUUAGUGAGUCUGCCAGAUCAGAGGCAGUAGGGUUCCUUAAGAAUGUAGUGGAGUAAAUGUAAAAGUUGUCAGAAAUAUAAAUAGUAAAGUACAGAUACCCCAAAAAACUACUUAAGCAAUACUUUAAAGUAUUUUUACUUAAGUACUUUACACCACUACAAUUUAUGGGCAUGACUCAAAUUCAUGAUAUCAAGACUUGAUCGGCACUCAUUUAGCUAUUGAAAAAUUGAAAACUUGGUACAAAAGAUUAAAUAUGAUUACAUAUGUACAUGAGUUCUCUGCCGAGGCACCAUGGCAAUUAUAGAACCCAGGAGCUCCGUACUACUAUGGCUGACCAUGUAAAACAAAUAAUUUCACUGCACCUAUCAGGUGUAUGAGACAAAACAUUUUUUUCUCUCCUGGAACCCUAUGGGCCCUGGUAUAAAGUAGUACACUAAACAGAGGAUAGGGUGCCAUUUGGGACUAAUAUUGGUCCUUGUUAGUUCUUGUUUAAGUGUACUUCCACCUUGCUCCCGAGUUGCACAGCAGUCUAAGGCACUGCAUCUCAGUGCUAGAGGUGUCACUACAGACCCUGGUUCGAUUCCAGGCUGUAUCCCAACCGUCUGUGAUUGUGCGCCGCCCUAUGGGACUCCCAAUCAAUUGGCCCAGCGUCCUCCGGGUUAGGGUUUGGCUGGGGUAGGCUGUCAUUGUAAACAAGAAUUUGUUCUUAACUGACUUGCCUAGUUAAAUAUUCUUUUGGGGUAUAUGUGCUAAAGCCUCUAGUUUACUCUCUUGGUUAAUUUAUGGGGAUAUUGUAAUUGUGUGUUUUAAUUUGAUCCCUGAUUUGCUGUCUUUUCCUAAACUCAUUUUAAAGGAGAAACUAUUAGAAAUGACAGUCUCUGGUUAAUUCGUGCAUUUGUUUUGCCAUUGAAAAGGGGAUGUUGGUAUGACUCCAACAUAGCUAUCCCAAUCCCUAUGUUUUGUAAUAGUUGAACACUUUCAAAGUACACAUUUGUUGUCCGCCAUUUAUGAAAAGGUUCUGGUACUGGUGUAUGAGACUGCACAAAUGUAGGGGUGUUAGUUUCAUGUGGACCAACAAUCCCAAUCUUUAUUUAUCCAGGUAGGCCAGUUGAACAAGUUCUCAUUUACAACUGCGAUCUGGCCAAGAUGAUAAAGUAAAGCAGUGCGACAAAAACAACACUGUGUAUGCAAAUGUAGUAAGAUUAGGGAGUUAAGGCAAUAAAUAGGCCAUAGAGGUGAAAUAAUUACAAUUUAGCAUUAACACUGGAGUGAUAGAUGUGCAUAUAGUCUGUUUUCACCCCAGUAUAUGGUUACCAGUGAGCUGAGAAGGUGGGGCUUUACCUAGCGAAGACUUAUAGAUGACCUGGUGCCAGUGCGUUUGACGACGAAUAUGUAGUGAGGGCCAGCCAACGAGAGCAUACAGGUGGCAGUGGUGGGUAGUAUAUGGAUGGCACUGUGAUAGACAGCCUCCAACACUCUACUCAGCAAAUUGGAUGCAAUCUUGUAAAGGACAUCACCGAAGGCAAGGAUCGGUAGGAUAGUCAGUUUUACGAGGGUAUGUUUGGCAGCACGAGUGAAGGAGGCUUUGUUGCGAAAUAGGAAGCUGGUUCUAUAUUUUGGAUUGGAGAUGCUUAAUGUGAGUCUGGAAGGAGAGUUUACAGUCUAACCAGACACCUAGGUAUUUGUAGAUGUCCACAUGUUCUAAAGUCAGAACUGUCCAGAGUAGUGAUGCUGGACGGGUGGGCAGGUGCGGCAGCGAUCGGUUGAAGAGCAUGCAUUUAGUUUUACUAGCAUUUAAGAGCAGUUGGAGGCCAUGGAAGGAGUGUUGUAUGGCAUUGAAGUUAAUUUGUUAACAGUGUCCAAAGAAGGGCCAGAGGUAUACAGAAUGGUGUCGUCUGCGUAGAGGUGGAUCAGGGAAUCACCAGCAGCAAGAGCGACAUCAUUGAUAUAUACAGAGAAAAGAGUCGGCCUGAGAAUUGAACUGUGGCAACCCAUAUAGACUGCCAGAGGUCCGGACAACAAGCCCUCCGAUUUGACACACUGAACUCUAUCUGAAAAGUAGGUAGUGAACCAUAUCCCUAUGUUGACACCUAUGGAAAUGAGAAGUGGUGAGUGACAGCCACAGCCCGUUCCAAUUCAUUCCCUCCCUCUUGGCCCCAGUAGUUUGCUAAUCUAAAGGGUAUUGGGGAAGUAUGCUGUGUAGAGGAGGAGCUUACACCUUACAGAUCUGCCAACAUCGAAGGGUUGCUCAGAGGUUUGUCACUAGUUAACACAGCCACAGCACCAUUUAAAAAUGAUGACUUUUUGUGGCUGUGUUAACUAGUGAAGACCUACUCAGGGCCAAGAGGGAUGUAAAGUUUGGCAGGGAAUGAAUUGGGAUCAACAGACAUUGUGGAGCCCAGGGCCCAUAUUCACAAAGUGUUUCAGAGUAUGAGUGCUGAUCUAGGAUCAGUUUUGCCUUUAAGAUUAUAAGAUAAGAUUUUAAGAUUAGAGGGGCAGCAGGUAGCCUAGUGGUUAGUGUUGGGCCCGUAACUGAAAGGUUGCUGGCUCGAAUCCCUAAGCUGACAAGGUAAAAAGCUAUGGCAGCCCCCCACACCUCUCUGAUUGAGGGGUUGGGUUAAAUGUAAAAGACACAUUUCAGUUGAAUGCAUUCAGUUGUACAACUGACUAAGUAUCCCCCUUACAUGGACAGGGGAGAUCUGAUCCUAAAUCAGCACUGGGCCCUGACUGUAAGUAACCUGCAGAGGCCCCUGUGUUUGACAUUUUUACAUCAGGGUACCCCUAUGUACCAUCACCUUCCACCCUGUGACCCCUUUUCUAGUGAUCAGGCACUUUUUAGAACCUCCUUUAGUGGCUAAUGUAAACCUCUAAGAGAUGCUUGUCAAUGAUGGCCUCACAAGUGACGAUCAUGAGGUCUGUUUCUUCGUGUUCCCAUAAUGCGGCAUUUGUUGUUGUUUCUCUGAUGUUGGCUGGAGUUGAGUGUUAGCUUUGUUGCUGAUAUGUUGGAGGUUUUGAGGUAGAGAGAGUGAUAGAGAAAGAGACUAGAGUUCUACCUGAAAAAAAGAUCCUCAUUGUCUUCUCUACUGUUGGACUACCUCCAGACAUUUAUCCCACAUCGAUCCACAGCCGACCUCACCGUCCUCCAAACUGUUUUCUGAAAUAGCCCACUGACAAAAAUCUCACUGCUUUUCUGUUUUCAUGAAGUGACUCACGCUCCGGGGUAAAGAAGAAUUGAACCCUGUGGGCACCCCCAUAGAGACUGCCAGAGGUCCGGACAACAGGCCCUCCGAUUUGACACACUGAACUCUAUCUGAAAAGUAGUUGGUGAACCAGGCGAGGCAGUCAUUUGAGAAACCAAGGCUAUUGAGUCUGCCAAUAAGAAUGCGGUGAUUGACAGAGUCGAAAGCCUUGGCCGGGUCGAUGAAGACGGCUGCACAGUGCUGUCUUUUAUCGAUGGCGGUUAUAUCGUUUUGGACCUUGGAUAGGCACAAGGGGUUUAUGUUGGAUUGGUCAAUGUUGUCCUCUGCAGCCUAGGCACAAGGUUAGCUGGUUUAUGUUGGAUUGGUCAAUGUUGUCCUCUGCAGCCUAGGCACAAGGUUAGGGGGUUUAUGUUGGAUUGGAUCAUGAUGUUGUCCUCUGCAGCCUAGGCACAAGGUUAGGGGGUUUAUGUUGGAUUGGAUCAUGAUGUUGUCCUCUGCAGCCUAGGCACAAGGUUAGGGGGUUUAUGUUGGAUUGGUUCAUGAUGUUGUCCUCUGCAGCCUAGGCACAAGGUUAGCUGGUUUAUGUUGGAUUGGUCAAUGUUGUCCUCUGCAGCCUAGGCACAAGGUUAGGGGGUUUAUGUUGGAUUGGAUCAUGAUGUUGUCCUCUGCAGCCUAGGCACAAGGUUAGGGGUUUAUGUUGGAUUGGAUCAUGAUGUUGUACUCUGCAGCCUAGGCACAAGGUUAGGGGGUUUAUGAUGGAUUGGUUCAUGAUGUUGUCCUCUGCAGCCUAGGCACAAGGUUAGGGGGUUUAUGUUGGAUUGGUCAAUGUUGUCCUCUGCAGCCUAGGCACAAGGUUAGGGGGUUUAUGUUGGAUUGGUUCAUGAUGUUGUCCUCUGCAGCCUAGGCACAAGGUUAGGGGGUUUAUGUUGGAUUGGUUCAUGAUGUUGUCCUCUGCAGCCUAGGCACAAGGUUAGGGGGUUUAUGUUGGAUUGGAUCAUGAUGUUGUCCUCUGCAGCCUAGGCACAAGGUUAGGGGGUUUAUGUUGGAUUGGUCAAUGUUGUCCUCUGCAGCCUAGGCACAAGGUUAGGGGUUUAUGUUGGAUUGGUCAAUGUUGUCCUCUGCAGCCUAGGCACAAGGUUAUAGGGGGUUGUCCAUUUACUCAUUCUCAACUCCAACUAUUUCCUAGGACCUGUCCAGAAACAACCCCUACCCCCUAGAUUUUCCAAUCUUUCCCCUCCGAUCUCGUGUGUAGGCAGUAGGGUCUAGGUAUGCGUUUAGGAAUCAGACCUAGUGUAUUUGGAGCUUUUCCUAACUUGUAGAAAAUCAGAAUUAGAUGCUUCUUCUUACUCAGACCCUGGCUGCCUUCAUGCUCAUUCUUUCCUUGUCAUGUAGCCUACGACUGUAUUCACUUGUCUGUUAUUUUCACAGAACAGUCUGGUUUUGGCUGACUGUUAGUCCUGUUGUUUCCUAAGUCACCAGGUGACUGAAUAUUUAUUGCCUUGUACCUAUUUUUGGAAGGUUUGUCUUCAGAACUAUGCUUGAACAUUUAAUUCCAGGGCUGCUUCUGAAAUGGCACCCUAUUCCCUGUAGAGUGCACUACUUUUGACCAGAGCCCUAUUCCCUAUAGAGUGCACUACUUUUGGCCAGAGUUCUAUUCACCCUGGUCAAAAGUAACUCACUAGAUAGGUGCCAUUUGGGAAGUACAUAUUCAUUUGCCUGUAUGUCUAUUUAUUUCUGUUGACUUGGAGAGAAAGAUAAUCUGUAUUUCUGAUUGUUAUUGUAAUACAAUGGUUAAUUUAAUUGUAAAUAAAACAUGUUUAUUUGACCAAUA